AUGGAAUCAAUAGGAGCCCCUGGCCUAAGGACUGCCUUUCAGGCUAAAAACUCCGGCACGGGCCUCGUCGUGAAGAGGCCUAGGGUGGCGAAGAAGGCCACCCCUACAACGGGGAAUACUUCAAAAUCCCCUGCUAAGGGUAAGGACACGAGCUCAGCUCGAGAGCCAGCUUUGAUGACCUCUGUCACCGUUGGGGCCAGAAAUGAAGAGCUUCAGGCUGAGUUAGACACUGCCAAAGUCACCUUGAAUGUUGCUCAGGAAGGUGAGCAGGCCACCAAAGCUGCCUUGACAGCUGCUCAGAAGAAUGAGCAUGCUGCAAAGGCUGCUCUCACCUCUUCCCAAGAAAUCGAGCAGGCCGCAAAGACCGCACUAUCCACCUCCCAAGCUCAGACUGUAGAAGCGAACCAUCGUGCUAAACAGCUUCAGGUCGAGAUUGGUGAGCUCAAAGAGAAACUACUCGAGGCUGAAGUUAAAUCCAAGGAGGAAAAGGUAGCAUCAUCAUCAGCCAUGGUGGAGAUGUUAUACCAUUGCUGGGCUUUCUACCAGGACGGGAACUCCUCUUUUAUGGAGCUUGGGUUGUGGGAUCAGUACCUUGCUAAAUUCAAGGAUCGGUUCUUGCAAGAACCCUGGGAGACUGGUGAGGUGUCCGGAGUGGCAGAGGGAGAUGGCGAGGAGGUCACUUCAGUGGGGAAAUUGAAUCAGAUGACAAUUAAGAACAAGUAUCCUGUGCCAAAGAUAUAUGAGUUAUUUGAUCAGCUUGUAGGUUCAAAGUUCUUUUUCAAAAUUGACUUGAGGUCAGGUUAUCAUCAAUUGAGGAUCAAGGAAGAGGAUAUUCUUCAAAUUGCUUUCAGGAGACAAUAUGGGGACUUCGAGUUUUUGGAUAAGUUAGUGGCCGUUUUCAUUGAUGAUAUUCUGGUGUAUUCCAAGACACCUGAGGACCACGUUGAGCACUUAGCAAUAGUGUUGCAGAAUUUGAGGGUUCAUCAAAUAUAUGCUAAGAAAGAGAAGCGUGAUUUUUGGAUGAACAAUGUAAAAUUCUUAGGGCAUGUAAUCUCUCAAGAAGGCAUUAUUGUUGAUCAUGCUAAAAUAGACUCUGUCUUGCAGUGGGAACGAUCGAAGAAUGUUACUAAAUUGACAAGAAAGGAUUUAAAGUUCAUGUGGGAUGAAAGUUGUGAAGAAGCUUUUAGAGAACUAAAACAAAGAUUGAGAACGGUGUUUGUUCUCACUGUGCCUAUUAGUGAUGAACCAUCGUGGUAUUCACUAAUGCUCUGUUACUAG